AUGGUGCUCGUCUUGUUAAGCAAGCCCAAUGACGUUUUAGGCCAGACUUGUAUUGUUCCUGUAAGGACGAAGAAUGGCCAAAUUCGAGUUUGUGUUGACUUCAAGGAUCUCAAUAAUGCAUGUCCUAAAGAUGAGUUCCCUUUUCCCAUUCCUGAGCUAAUGAUUGAUGCCAUCACUGGUUAUGAGGCGAUGUCAUUCAUGGACGGUUCUUCUGGCUAUAAUCAAAUCCGCAUGGCACCAAAAAAUAAAGAACUCACCGCAUUUCACACGCCUAAAGGAUGGUAUGCCUUUGGAGUUACUUCUGGAAAGUUCCUUGGCUUCAUUGUGAGACAUCGAGGAAUUGAACUAGAUCAAGCCAAAGUUGAUGCAUUAUCGAAGAUGCUUGAGCCUCGAAAUAUUCAUGAGUUAAAAAGUCUCCAAGGAAAGCUAGCCUACUUGAGGAGGUUCAUCUCAAAUCUAGUAGGACGAUGCCAACCAUUCGGUCAUCUCAUGAAGAAAGGUGCUCCUUUUAAUUGGGACGAAACAUAUAGCGAUGCCUUUAAAAGUAUCAAGUCGUAUCUAGCGAAACCUCCAAUUUUGGCAGCCCCUAUACCUGAAAAGCCAUUGAUACUCUACAUUGCGGCACAAGAAAGAUCCGUACGAGCCCUGUUAGCUCAAGAGAAUAGUGAAGGCAAAGAAAACUCUAUUUAUUACUUGAGUAGAACGAUGACACCAAAUGAGCUGAACUAUUUGCCAAUUGAAAAAUUGUGCUUGGCACUAAUCUUCUCAAUUCAAAAGAUGAAGCAUUAUUUUCAAGCACAUGUUUUUGAGAUCGUGUACAUCCUUCAAAAAGCUGUGAAAGGACAAGCAUUGGCGGAUUUCUUGGCAGACCAUCCGAUACCAGAUGAUUGGGAGUCAACUGAUGAGCUUCCUAAUGAAGAUGCAAUGUUAAUUGAAGUUCAACCUCCUUGGAAAAUGUACUUUGAUGGAGCUGCACAUCGUGGCGGAGCUGGUGUUGGCGUAGUGUUCAUCACUUCACAAGAAGAGAUCCUACCAUUCUCCUUUACUUUGAAGCAAUGUUGCUCCAAUAAUGUUGUUGAAUACCAGGCAUUGAUACUUGGAAUUGAGAUGGUCGUUGACAUGAAGCAAUUAAACUUACAAGUCUUUGGUGACUCUCAGUUGGUGAUCAACCAACUCUUGGGAAGUUAUGAGGUGAAAAAGCCCAAAUUGCAUCCUUACCAUGAUUAUGCUCAAAAGUCGAUAGGAUGUCUUGGAGAUGUAAUCCUUUAA